AGUUUACCAGACUAUUACUGGACUAUUGUUCUGAGCAGAAUUAUGUCUUCUGGUAACUAUACUUUAUUUACGUGAAAAUUGAGCCCACGAGUACAAUAUUUUUUUAUACCGUACUGAAUAAUAAUGAUAAUACAGAGUUACGUGUCAAAAUAUCUUAUCGCAAAAUCAAUGAUAAUAACAAUAAAUAACAAUGUUCCGGACACGUACAAAUUUUAUAUUUCAACUAAAAAUUAACUGUGUUUAAAUUAAACUUUGGAUGUAAUUUCAUUCGUAACUUAAUUAAAUCACGUAUAAAUAUGGUUCUUUUAACUAUGAUAGCAAGAAUUCCUGAUGGAUUACCAUUAGCUGCAUCCAUGCAAGAUGACGAACAGUUUGGAAGAAAAUUAAUUGAGUAUCAAAAUCAAGCAAAAUUAUUGUUUAAGAAAUUAAACUUUCAAUCUCCUAAGCAAUGUACCAUUGAAUCUGUUCCUUAUUAUUUUCACUACAUAAUUGAAAAAGAUGUUAGUUACUUAGUUUUGUGUGAAAAAAACUUCUCAAAAAGAGCAGCAUUUGGUUUUUUAGAAGAUAUAGCAGCUGAGUUUAAUAGACUGUACGGACGCCAAGUAUCAACUGUUUCACGACCUUAUACACUUAUUGAAUUUGAUAACUAUAUUCAAAAAGCAAAAAAAAAUUACAUAGAUUCCAGAGUACGUAAAAAUUUAAAUUCAAUAAAUAAUGAACUCCAAGAUGUUCAAAGAAUUAUGGUUCAAAAUAUUGAUGAUGUAUUACAAAGAGGCACUGUUUUGUCAGAACUUGAUACAAAAGCACAAAAUUUAUCUAUAUUAUCAAAAAAAUACAAAAAAGAAGCUACUAAUCUCAACUUAAAAUCAAUGUAUGUGAAACUUACAGUAGCGGCAAUUUUUGUUAUUGUACUAUUUUUGUAUUUUUAUGUUCUUUAAAAAUAGUUGAUAAUUUAUUUAAUAAUACAUUAUAA